ACGCCCGCGGUUCACCACACGUGUCCGGGUAGCAGAAUUCUCGACCCCCUAAACCACCGCCUCUGCCUUAGAACCAAUCAAGGGGAACUGCGUCAUCACCAGGGGCCAUAACUAAGCAAAGGCGACAAUAAAAUUAAGCCCAGGGACCGCUGCAGUUGCCGUGGUAACUGGGCUUCGCUUGCGCAAAGCCUUCCUGGGAGUUGUGGUUCGGUGGUGCCUGACGCUAGCUGUCGUUGCUGGUUGGAAGAACUACAACUCCCAGUGCGACUCGGAAGCAGCCUGGGCGGAGUAGUUGUUGUUACAGCUUUGGUGGGAAACGGAGCCUGAACCAGGAAAAUGUUGCUGGCGCCCCAGGAGAGGCCCUCCUCAAAGAAGAGGCAGGAACUGAGUCGCUGGAAACGGUUCACGAAGAGGCCAAGUCCCAAGCCUGCUUUUUGCCCUGAUGACGUGAAGCACUGGAUUAAGAAAGUGGAGGAGGCUUCAGAAUCUGCGGUUUCAGAAGCACUUUCUGCCAGAAAUCCAGAUUUACCCAGAAAGCUUUGGGGCCAAAUCCCAGAUUUGGAAAUAACUGAACAAAUAGAUUAUCAUGAUGAAGUGUAUGCGGAAGCUCAGGAGCUAGUCAAUGACUGGCUAGACACCAAACUUAAACAAGAAUUAACCAGUGAUGGAGAAGGUGAUGCUGAAAGCACUGUGUUCAGUGUCACUCCUAUGGAAGAAGCCAGAAGUCACUGGAAGUAUGACAAGUUUGAUGAUUUUUGUGGUUAUUUGGAGGAAGAAGAGGAAAGUACCACUGUUCAAAAAUUCUUAGACCAUCUGCUCCAUAAAGAAGUGGUGAAUUCUGGGAUACUGGAAGAUCUUGGAAUGAAGGAAAACCAAGACAAGAAGCAGCAGAAGGAUCCUCGUCUUACCAUGGAGAUGAGACAUAAGCAGGUGAAAGAAAAUCGCUUAAGACGCGAGAAAGAACGGGAAUUCCAGAGACUCGAAAAGACCAUGAAAAAGUCAGCCUUCCUGGAGGCUCAGUACCUGGUGCAAGAAGAAAAGAAAAGGAAGGCUCUGGAAGCCAAGAGAGAGGAGGAGGAGCUUCAGAGAGAGAUGAUAAAGCUGAGGAGGGAGAUAGUAGAGAGGAGACGCACUGUGGAGGAAGCCUGGAAAAUGGAGAAGGCAAGGCAAGAAGAGAAUUCUCAAAAGAAUCCAGAAGAAAGUACAUUUCAGAGUGCCGACACUCAACUAGAUGAAGGAAAAAUGGCAAGAGAAAGAAAAAGGGAAAUGAAGAAGUUAUUGAUCCAAACUUUCAAGGAAAAUCAUCAGUGUCAAAAACGGUAUUUCUCUGCCUGGCACAAGCUGAUUCUUGAUCAUCAGAUCCAGCUGGGAAAAGCUGGAACUUUGUCCGACUGGAAACUUCAGUUGAAGGUCCUGCGGGCCUGGAGAAAUUACACAAGAGCGCAGAAGCUUGAGCGGGAGAUGCAGGCCUUGGAAAACGAUCUUAGGGAAGAAAACAGAAAACAACAACUGGCUGCUGAGUUUAACCGGAAACGAGUUCUCCAGCACUGCUUUACAGAGUGGCAGCAUUGGCAUGGUGCAGAGUUCCUAAAGAGAGAACUGGCUCUGGCAAAGAAGGAAACUAGGACGAAAAUGGAUGAACUGCUCAGUGCAGCAUUACUAGGGAAACUCAGUGCCAAGGGGGCCUCAGGCGGCAGUCCGCUCCAGGAAGCUGCAGCCACGAUGGAUCCACAGGUGACAGCCAUGUCCUCUUUACAGGAAAAGCCUCCCCUGGAGAGCAGUGAUUGUAUGCCCAGCCCUGUUCAAGGAAGAACAAAGGACCAUCUGCAGAAUCCUCUUCAGGCUGUCUCUCAGAAUAUAGCUGACAGCAAGCUGCACAGGACCCUGGACACUGAGCCCCCCCAACAGCCUGGCAGUGAAAAGCUUGGAAUCAGUCAGAAAGCAGAACCCAUCUGCAUGGGUCAUUUCCAUAACCGCCAUGUCUUUCAGCAACAGCUGAUUAAGAAACAAAAGAAGAAGCUUCAGGAACAGCAGAAAAUAAUUCUCGAGCUGAAAGAGGCCCAACGGCUGGCAGAGGCUCGGUGGGCAUCAGAGCAGGCUGCGGCAGUCACAGAUGCCCAGAGCCUCCCGCUGCCAAAUCCCAAAGGAGUAGCAGAACCAAAAGGAACCUGCCAGAAGCUUCUGAGUUCUUCUGUUGCUUCCCGUGUGAUGAAAGGCAGAAGAAAUGAUUCCCCAGAUUCUCCUCCUGGACCGAGAAGGAAACUGAACAAGGCAACGGCUCCUCAUCCCCUCCUGAAAGCCAUGGAAGAGAGAGCAAUUCUACGAGCUGAACGUAGGCGAAUCUUGGCAGAGAGGAAGAAAAAACAAGAAGAGGAGAAAUUGGCCCUCUUCAAGGCCCAAGAGGAGGAACGUCAGCUGCGGGAGGCAGAAGAAAAGGAAGCUCGGGUGAAGAGAAAGCGAGAAGAGGAGAAACUGAAGAAGAUGAAAGAAAUAGAGAAGCAGCAGAGAAUCAAAAGAAACCAGCAGUUAGAGGCAAUAGCCAAAGAACAUUAUAAAAAGGUGUUGCUAACUACAAAAGGUCUGGAACCUUGGAAGAGACUAAGAAUGCAAAGCAAGCAAAACAUCCAGGUGGCAGAGGAACAUCACCGUUUGGCCCUUCAGAAGAAAUGUCUGUUGGCCUGGUUCCACAGGAGCCAGGAGAGCCUGGCUAGGAAGAAGGCCCAGGCCGAGGAGUUUUGUUCCCGUAUGUUGCUGAGGAGAGUCUUCUGGAGCUGGCUGUGGUACAUGCAUGAUCUGGAGGAAGAAGAAAGAAGACUUCGUAUACAUUUCCUUCAGAAGAAGACUUUCAGGGCAUGGCUUGACGUGGUCAGGGAGGCGAAGAAGGAGGCUCAGCACCAGCACAAGAUGGCCACAGAGCACAGCGACAGGAGGAUUCUCCAGGUCACAUUUCAAACAUGGAAGAAGUGUGUGAAAUUUAUGAAAGAGGAAAGGAAGAAAGAAGAAAGGCGAGAACACCUCCGUAGAAAGGUUGCCGAAAUUCUCCCAGACUUCCAGCGGCCGUCACCAUUGUGAUUCCUGGCUGUCCCAGCGACAAGUGGACCUGGCCCAGUGUGCUGCUUAGGACAGCGGCGCUCUCU